AUGGUCUAUGGAAAGCCGUGUCACCUUCCGGUUGAGCUGGAGCAUAGGGCAUAUUGGGCGGUGAAGCGAUGCAAUAUGAACUUGGAAGCUGCUGGUGAGCAAAGAAAGCUGCAAUUGAAUGAGCUUGAGGAAAUACGCAAUGAUGCCUAUGAGAGUUCAAGAAUAUACAAGGAGAAAACAAAGGCGUUUCAUGACAAAAUGAUCACAAGGAAAACUUUUGUUGUAGGACAAAAAGUUCUUCUCUUCCAUUCUUGCCUUAAAUUGUUUACGGGUAAGUUGCGUUCUCGUUGGGUUGGUCCUUUUGUUAUUACUAAUGUUUUCUCUCAUGGUGCGGUUGAGAUUCGUAGUGAAAAAACCGGCAAAGUGUUCAAGGUCUCUAGUUCCUACAUCCCUUGGAGUUGGAAUGUGUGCCACAUAUGUAUGGAAAUCCCUGACUAUGAACUUUCAUCUCCAAGUGGAACCUUUGGAUUCCAGUUCGUACUGGAUGAGCUAUGA